CUCAAUGACCAUGAGAUACAAUGUUUCCAUUUUCCACCGCCGUCGAACAAAUCAAAUCAUUUGACUGGCUGGCUGCGAAUGUCCCCGACCCUGACCGCUUUUGCGGCGUUGCCAUACCAACGACUGGUAACGAGUUUCCCAUGGAAACAACGUUUUCCCGGGGGUUUAUUUACGCGGAACCUUACUCUUGAAAUUUUCAUCGUUCGGACGUACUGGGUCGCGCAAUGUUAACGAAGAAGGAAAAGCUGCUUAUCCGCCCGUGGCAAAUGCAACGGUACAUCAACCAUCGCAUUAAGGUGGUGACGGCCAUGCCCGCCAUCGAUUUCCAUCCACCGCCGGAACGGAUUCACAUCGCACAGAAGCUGAAAAAGCAACAGAAAGAGCUCGAGCGAAAGGAGAAGAUUGAGCAAGAGAACAUCCGGCUACUGCAGCGCCUUGGUGCCAUCAUGAGCAAGAAACGGUUGGACAACAUUUGGACCUACACACGACCGAACUUCCUUCGUCGUGAAAACAUCUACCCCGUCCGUCCAAAGACUACCCCCGCCGAUGCGUCCGGCCAUCGUCGAUCGUCCGCCAAACCAGCGGGAGAGAACCUUUCGAGCUCCACCGUCGUAUCGCCGCUGACGAGCUGGACCAAAUCCAUCCGCUGCAGUGCCUGCAGUGCGCCGGCCCGUGUCGCAAUCCAGCUGAAUCAAAUUGCACCGGAAGGACGCAUCCCGUGGGCGCCGCAGCGGAAAACCACCAACCGGAAGCUGCUGCAGGAGGCUGAAACGGAACAGCACGAAUGCUGCCGAUUCUGCUGCUGCUAGUGGAGAACUAGAGGAGAACCGUACGGCGUGGGCAAGCAAACCACCAAUUCCGACUAACCAAUAAGUAACACGGCACCGGAGAGGCAGUAGUUUGUUUACAUUCGGUUUUGUAUUUUCACCACCAUUUUCCGAUAGAAAAUAAACACCACACGAACCACCACACUCACACUUCACUUAAGCGGAAUAAAACGGGAGCUGUGGGUGGCACCGAUACCAGGACGACCGUGCUUGACGGGUUUGUACGUCAUCGAGAACUCGCCCAGGUAGUGGCCGAUCAUGUCCGGUCGGAUUUCCGUCUGGUUGAACGUCUUGCCGUUGUACACACCGACGGUCGAGCCGACCAUCUCCGGCAGGAUGAU